UCGUUCAUUCCGAAAGCAGCCGAGUCUUAGCGGAGCUGUCCGGAACCUCCGGCUGUAGCUUGCUUCUCAACAUAAACAGAAAUGGCGGAGGCAGCAGCGUCUACAGUGGCUUCUUCAGUAACAGGAGGUUGGACAAAACACGUAACCUGCAGGUAUUUCAUGCAUGGUCUUUGCAAAGAAGGAGACAACUGUCGAUACUCUCAUGAUCUAUCAAGCAGCAAACCUGCAGCCAUGACAUGCAAGUUCUUUCAGAAGGGAAACUGUGUGUUUGGAGACCGUUGCAGGUUUGAGCACAGUAAACCCGUAAAGAAAGAGGAGCUGCCGCUGGCCUCUGUCUCCCAGGCCAACCCAUCUGACCCUGAACCCUUGUCGAAAUCACAUGGAUCAGGAGCCCAAGACUGGGUCAAUGCUGCGGAGUUUGUUCCAGGGCAGCCAUACUGUGGACGAGCUGAGCCAGCGAAGGUGGAAAGCUCUGCCCCUCUCAUUGAGGAGUGUGACAGUGAUGCAGGCCUGGACAACAAAGAAAUGAGGAAGCAGCUCUGUCCAUAUGCUGCUGUUGGAGAGUGCCGCUAUGGAGUCAACUGCGCAUAUCUUCAUGGUGAUGUGUGUGACAUGUGUGGCCUACAGGUUCUCCACCCAAGUGACAGUAAUCAGCGCUCAGAGCACACUAAGGCAUGCAUUGAAGCUCAUGAGAAAGACAUGGAGAUUUCUUUUGCCAUCCAGCGCAGUAAGGACAUGAUGUGUGGUGUAUGUAUGGAGAUUGUGUUUGAGAAGUCCAACCCAAGCGAGCGUCGAUUUGGGAUCCUCUCCAACUGUAGCCACUGUUACUGUCUGAAAUGCAUUCGCAAGUGGAGGAGUGCCAAGCAGUUUGAGAGCAAAAUUAUCAAGUCCUGUCCAGAGUGUCGAAUCACAUCCAACUUUGUCAUCCCGAGCGAGUACUGGGUGGAGGAUAAGGAUGACAAGCUGAAGCUAAUCCAGAAAUAUAAGGAUGGCAUGGGGAGUAAACCGUGUCGAUACUUUGAUGAAGGUCGUGGAACAUGUCCUUUCGGCUCAAACUGCUUCUACAAACAUGCCUUCCCUGAUGGACGUCUAGAGGAACCUCAACCACAGAGAAGACAGACUGGAUCCAAUAACAGGAACCGGAACUCGAGGCGGACACCACUGUGGGACAUCUUUGAUGAGAGAGAAAGCACAGACUCCUUUGACAACGAUGAUGAGGAGAUGGUGACGUUCGAGCUGAGUGAGAUGCUUCUCAUGCUGCUUGCUGCAGGAACUGAUGAUGAAGUGACAGAUUCAGAGGAUGAAUGGGACUUGUUUCAUGAGGAGCUAGAUGAUUUCUAUGAGAUUUACCUAUAGCGUCUCAGUCUUCAGCCCCGCCACCCAUAUACUCUAGACAUUAGAAUGGACUGUCUUGUGCGAGUGAAGGACAGUAGCUUCCCCUCUGUAUUGUGGCAGUGCCUUUUAAGCAGGCCAUGAAUAAAUGAACUUAUAAAAAGUUUUAAAAAAUCCACCUCUGUGCGCUCGUGCUAAACAUUUUAUAAACCUCUAUCCUUGUGAGUCUUUCCUGCGUGGAUUAUUAAAAUACAAAAUGACAAAAAGAAGUCGAUAUAAAAUUUAACUAAAGUAAUCAUGUGCAGAUAUUGCUAAAACAUUGUCCAGUUUGUUUGUGGGUUUGACUUGUUCAUCAUCUAUCCAGGUAUGUGUAAAUACUUCUGAGACCCCUCACUUGAACUCACUCAGCACCGUUUACUGUAACUCAGAUAGGCAUGUUGUAAGAUUUUACAAAUGGUUGUUGAAGGCCGGGACUUCUUUUCUGUCUGUUUAUAAAAGCUGCUGAUGUUUAAUAAAUUUACCAUAAUCA